ACUGAUACUUUUAUCAACAUGAUUUAAAAAGUCCGCGGACUUAAUUUUCUCGUCUAAUAUGCAGAAUAACCAACGUGAAAAAAUUCUAAUCUUACAAUUGUCGUAUAUACGAUACAGUAGAAAAUUUUACAUUUUCCUAUUGGUCGCCCUGCGAAUCAAGUAACGGUCGAGUUUAAACCGCGAGACGAGUGCGGGACGCAUUCACGCUUCUUUUCUCCAUUGAAGAAACUUGACAAAAUAUCGCGCACGAGGUAUGUACGCGUAUGACGAUGAAUUAUUUUUUGAUAUCGAGAGCGAGAGAGACGCGCGACCUCGCGCGUCUUGACCGACCCUUGCGUCGAUAAACAUUGUUUAUCUUUUGCGCGUACCUUUGUAGAAACGACGCCAUUCGCAGCAGAACCGCCGCGCAUCAGCACUGGUUAACGUCGUGCUCUCGUUCCCAGUUGAAUUUCGUGUCGUAUUUGUCCAUCGAAAGCGAUACGUACGCGUGUUUUCUGUCAAAAAUAUCAAAGGACGAUCAUCGUAGAGUAUCAAUUCGCGCGAUCGAUCCUGAUUUCUCGCCAUAUUCGGUAUCUCCGUUGCGUCGUCGCGUCGAACAAAAUUCAAUGGCGAUAAUCAAUCCGUAAUACUUUCGCGCUUCGUACUCAGAGAAGGACUUGAGGGAAAUCGCGAGUGCGAUUAAGGACGCAGUCGUCGUCGUGAUGCUUGAGCUAAGGUAUACGAUACAUUCAUUUGCUCCAAUCCAUUUGUUCGGAAAACAGUCGGUGAUUAGAGUAAAUUAUCGGGAAUGCCGAAUAAAAAAUCAUUAUUAUCCGCAUCAUUUCGAGCGUCAUAAUAGCAUCGGAUAAUUAAGUACCGGGAGCUGCCUGCGUAAAGUGAGGGGUAAUCGUUUAGCGUUAAUUAGUGCGUACGGAUAUGUGUGUUUCGAUUUUACAAAUGCUCAAGAACGUUUUAAUUGAUCGAGGACAAAAGAAGGAAGAAAAAAGAUUUCUUUGCUCAAAAUAUGGACUCUUCCACGCACUUGUAGCGCCCUCGAACGUAGCCUGCGAAUACGCGCGUAUCAUAUUGCCAACUCGUAACCGUAAUUUUGUUGUCUUAAUUUCUCGUUAAUCCGCAGUGCGUCGCGAGUAUGAUUAUAUGGUUGGCAGCGCCGAAAGUGAUGGACGAUCGCGCUGCGAUACGUUCUCGUAUUAUAAGUACAUCGUGCGUGGGAAAAUAAACAUCGAGGACUUCAUAUAAAGCAACGAGCGAUCACUCGGUGCGUCAAUUCUUACAUGCACCAUAAGGACGCAUAUGGGUAGAGUGAGCUAUUCGAAUAAAGUAUCAUUUUCAAAAUUUGUCGGUGAUCGUAAGAAUCGGCCAACUACCGUAUGAAGUGAUGCAACAAACGGACGAUCGAUUAGCGCAAUAUGGAUCCGUCUUCGAUCUUAAUUCCUCACUAGUCCGCAGUGCGUCGCGAGCGUGACUAAUUGCGAGUGUCAAAUUAAUAGACGACGCGGAUCGAUCGUAAUUGUCGCAAAUUGUGAUUGCUCGAUACACGGAUAAUUUAAUUAUCGAAAGUGCCGUAUCAAGUGACUGGGAAUGUGUUAAUUAGAACGAUCGUAAUUGACUAUAAUCACAAGUGUAAUGAGUGAAGUGCCUGAAGAAAAGGAGUCAUCGGGCUAGCAACGGCGGGAUAACGAGCGAUAGAUCUUCGAUCCAGGAAUCUUUGGUACAUCUCGAGUGCAUCUCCAAUGUGUCUUCGGUGCAUCGGUACAUCUCCGCGAUGCACUCAAAGGGGAAGGUCGCGGUGAUCGGCGGAAUCCUUGAAGAACAUCGAGGACUAACUUCACGGAGACCACCCGGAACGAAGAAGAAGGAAGCUACUCGAGCGAAGCAGAUCGUACAAAUCAACCGCCUUCUAACAAGCCACAUUAACCUCAAGUGAUUUCUAUUUUCUUACGAAACGCGAAAGAAAUAUGUAAUUAGUAUGUUUAUAUUGACGUAAAGAAAAACCACACAAAAAGAAGAUAUUCCAAGAGCUUAGGUUCAGAAGAAGACAAAAGAUUAAGAGCUAUAUUAUCUAAUAAGUGUACAAAGUAUAUCUAACGAGAAAGGGGUGAAGAUAAGAAACAGAUAAAAAUAAACAACUCCGCCAGUGCCAAAUCGAGGAAGAAAGCAAGGUGAAAGUGAUCGUUUUAACGGAGAGAAACAGAAGAUAGCGAAAGAGUAGAAUAGAGUAAAGCAAGAUUUAUUUUAUCUGGAAUAAAGAAAAUAACUCUUUAGGCACACAGUGUUAUCUACAAAUUUCUUAAAAAAAAAAAACAAGUGCAAACAUACAGCGACAACAUUUUAAAAAAAUAGAAGGAAAGGAAAGAAAAAGAGAGAGAACAGACAAAGUAAUACAGUGCGAGAGCAGGACCGUAAACCAAAGAAUCUACCAUUUUUUUCUAUUCAUUGAAUAACAUAAUCUCUCGUCAGGUGAAAUAAUAGUGAGACACACACAUACACCGAUUCCUUCGUCAGAACCGAUUAAGAGUUAAGCGAGCCGGCGUCGUUUUGUAGAGGUUUAUAGAAAUAGCCGUAAAAUAUAAGUGCAUUUUUUAAACUGGACGCGUCACAUGACAGAUUUUCGCCAAGCGAAAGGAAGAAGAAGCAGACAAAGGGAGGAAUCGACCAGAUUCGCUUGAAUACUCCCAGAGCAACCGAUCUACUUCAGUUCGUAGCCUAAACCUGUUGAGUACAAAAAGGCACAGAGAGCUAGAGAUAUAGAUAGAGACAGAGGUAAAGGAAGAAAGAGGAAGAGUGAGAAAGCGAGCGUAAUAUUGAAGAACCAACAAAGAAGACUACGUGCGAAAUAUACGAAAUAGCCAAUCGUAUAUAUUCGAAAUUGAAGAAUUUAUUUUAAGACAAGAGUGCAGAUACGUGCGAAUGUCAAUCGACAAACGACACGCCGUCUCUAAGUCGGAUCUUUAGGAUCUACCUCGACACAUUAACGAGAAUCAAAGUGCGACUGAUCGCGAAAAAAACGCCAAUGUCGAAUGCAAGAAUUUCAUUGAUUAUCCGCUCGAAAAAGACUAGAUAAUCUCGAGCCCACGUACAUUUCUAGAACGAGUGUGCAGCCUCGAGGAAAGUCGGUACCGAAACGCGAGGGAGGGAGUAUCGCUCGCGCGAUCCCGAGAAGAUAAAGAAAAAAAAAAAAAGGAUUACUACCGUCAAGUGGCGAGACUCGCCGAACGGGGGACGGACGUUAAGGUCGCGAUGACGUGGCGGGGAAGAAGAUGAGCGCCGAGGUGACGAAGGAGGUCGUCGCCACCGAGAGGGUCCCAACGAGCCCUCCGGCGGCGGUCGCGACCUCACCGGGCACGGUCGGCGCCGGCGACCUGUCCGCGCGGCAUCUCCCGCCCUUCAGCAGCUUCGCCGGCGACAAUACGAUGGACACCUCAACGACGCUGACGACUCUCCAUUCCCAGGAUGUCGCCCCGGGCCUGAUGCCAUCCUGGGACUACUACGAGGGCCUGACCGGACGGCUGAUAGACUCUCGCGGCGAGGUGAUUGUGCCGAGCCAAUAUCGACCAUGGGAGUCCAAGGGUGGCGGUAUAGAGGGUCUGCCCAGCUUCGCCAGUCAAUUCACCGCUCCGAGCGAAGCCGAGCCGCAACUGACGGCGUUGACGCCACUAUCACCGGCGUCCAUCUCACACUCGCCGCCAGUUACGUCGGCCGUAGGCCUGCCGAGCUUCCACACGCUCGGAACACCACUUCCGGCACCACACCCGCAUCGCGGAUCGGUUGGUUAUCCUCUGGUACCGGCGCCAGUACAGGCUCGGGAAGUCCCCGCGCUUCAGCAGCAGUUACUCGACGAACGUCAUAUACAGCUGUUGGGCUCCAGUCCGGUCCAAGCGUUCCCGCCACCGCCCGGCCAUCCUCAUCACACGGUGCUGACCGUGGUGAAGCCCGAGUAUCCGCAACUGCAUCAUGCAAAUUUUCAAAACCCAAUGUCGACCGUGCUGGACUCAUCGCCGACCUCGCGACCGAUCGGCAUCGACGGCCGUAAGAAGGAGCGCAGAAAAAUCCGCGCCGGUUCCAUGGAAUCGGAAGAUGGCGGUGGCAAUGCCGGCAGCGGCGGUAGCGGCGCUGGUACCGGCAACGUGGAGAGUUCCGGCCAGGUCGCCGCUGUGUCCUCUACAGCGAAUCGCGGCGUGCAUCAUCUCGGCGGUGGUAUGACCGAUGGCGACGGUGACGGCGGCCUCGGGGACAAGCCGGCAAAGAAGAAGCGAAAAAGGUGCGGGGAGUGCAUAGGCUGUCAGCGCAAAGACAACUGCGGCGACUGUGCGCCGUGCAGGAACGACAAGAGCCAUCAGAUCUGCAAGAUGAGGAGAUGCGAGAAGCUCACGGAGAAGAAGCACCUGUACCACCUGCAGACCGGCGAAGGGGCGUUCCGGGAGCGCGGGAGGGGACGAGGCAAGGGUACCACGAGGAGUUAUCGAAAGAUCGCACGGCAAGUCAGUACGCCUGACAGCGCACCAGCUGGUCUUGGUAGUCCGCAGGCUGGUAUUGGCGGUUUGCAACAACAACACCAGCAACAAACGCAACAAUCUUUGCAUCAGGGAGAUCCCAUGCAGCAGACCAAGGACAAUCUCAACCCCGCGGCGAACCAACAAACGGGCGCCUUGAGGAACGGCAACCCGCCACCACCCGUUGUUUCUAUGUCACCCGGAGUAAUGCCAUUUUACGGAGAUUCCGGUGCCGGCUUCCGACCAGCAGCAGGUUUUGGAAACACAGUUUGGCAUCAAGGAGUCGGACCAGUUGGCGCCGUCGCAGUCGAGACAUCACCGGCACCGUGGCCGCCUCAACAAUUUAUUCAACAGAUUUCCGCGCCAAAUCAACUCGAAGAGUUGAGGUACCAUACUCAGUAUAGCGCCGCAACACCCUAUCAUCCUCAAGCAGUCCCAUAUCAACAACAGACAUUCAUACCAGCGGAUCAAUCUGCGUUUCAACGAGCUGGGACGACGGGCCAAUACACCAUCACGGGACAGCCUUCACCGCUGGCUUCUGUUGGAGGACAGACGGUGGUUUCCACAUCUCAGAGGCAGUUGAAUGGACAAUUUGUAGAUCCCGCAGCUACCACUAACCAGUCAGUUGCCUACGAAAGACAAGAUUAUGUAAACGGCUAUCAACAACAAGAAGUGACAAUGGCACCGCCUCCAUCGACGACGCCGACAAGUCGCAGCAGCUCGGUGCACAUGGAUAGUCAACAACAGCAACAGGGAGGUCCACAACAGCCAUCACAGCAGCAGCAGCAAACUACUGCGGAUACGCAAGUAAAAGGAUUCGCCACAAUUGCCGCCAGUAACGUGUCGGGAAACGAGAUGCCUGGGUAUCCACUUCAACCGGACCCACAGAGUUUACACAACUCUAACGGAUAUCCAGGCUAUGUGGAAAUGGGUCAACAACCAACGCAAAACCAAUGGCAUAUGGUUUCGCAACAACAGCAGCAACAUCAUCAACAAAUGCAACGACAACAAUCGUCUGUUGACAAUACUCAACAGCACAUAUGGUCAGACACGAGCGGAAAAAUGAGUAGUAAUGUCAACAGUAACAUAAAUUGGCAAGAUGGAGCGAUGCAACAACAGUCACAUCAUUCGCAACAAAAUAUGCAAGGAAAUAUGAAGCAAGAACAGCAACAAGCUACUCAAAUGCAGGAACUACCAAGACCGGCAAGUCACAUGAGCUGGGAAACUGGAAGCGUAAAGGAACCUCAAACACCACAAUCAUGGUCCGAAAACGCUGACAACCAGCAACAAACUCAGGGAAAUUGGUCGCGACAAAGUCCGAAACUAAGGGAUUCACAAAACUCACGGUUGACGCCAUCCAAUCAGCAGCAGCAGCCUCAACAUCAGACGUGGCUGCAGCAUUCUCCAAAAUUGUCAGAUCAUAACAGUGCUCAACAAAGCGCGAGGAUGACGCCUUCCGUCCAACGUAAUUGGCAGCAAAAUAGUCCAGAGAUGCAAGGAUCUCAGCAGAAUCCGAGACUCACGCCCUCGGGACAACAAAUACAACAGCAGCAGCAGUCACAGCUGCAACAGCAGCAGCAAUCACAGCUGCAACAGCAACAGCAGCAGCAUCAACAACAGCAGCAGCAUCAACAACAACAACAGCAGCAUCAACAGCAGCAGCAGCAGCAUCAACAACAACAGCAGCAGCAUCAACAACAACAACAGCAGCAUCAACAGCAGCAGCAUCAACAACAACAGCAGCAGCAGCAUCAACAGCAGCAGCAGCAUCAACAGCAGCAGCAUCAGCAGCUUCAACAGCAGCAGCAGCAUCAACAGCAGCAGCAUCAGCAGCUUCAACAGCAGCAGAAGCUUCAACAACAGCAUCAGCAGCAACAGCAUCAGCAGCAACAGCAUCAGCAGCAACAGCAUCAGCAGCAACAGCAGCAGCAGCAGCAGCAGCAGCAGCAGCAAUGGACACAGCAAACCAAGGUAGAACAGAAUCCCAGACUCACACCGUCCAAUCAAAUGUCAUGGCCCGAUACGCCGACUAGUCAACCUAAUUGGUCACCAAAUAGCAUAAAGAGUGAUAAUAGUCAACAGCCACAGCAACAGUGGCAAGACUCGCAGCCUAGUCCUAGGCGAACUCCAAGUCAUCAGUGGCAAAAUCAACUGACACAAGAGAACAAGCUAGACAAUCGAAUGUCCUGGUCACCAAACUCGGUAUCGGAGAAUCAACCAAGUUGGGGGCAACAGACAACAAAGCAAGAUAUGCAAAAUUCAGGAGAAAGAAUCACGUGGCAACAACAACAAACAACAGUAGAUACUAAUAAGCCGAAUGGAUUUCCGGAGAAUCAGGAUAAUCCGGAAAAUAAUGUCUAUACUCAAUCUAAUCGAGUUAAUCUCAAUAGUCGACUAAAAUCGAUGAUCCUGAACAAGCAACAACAACAACAACAGCAACAAAUGCAGCAGCAAUUGCAGACUCAUCAACAUCAAAUGCAAUCGCAACACAGCAAUAAAGGAUCCGGAGAAUAUCCAGCGGAUGAUCAGAUAUGCGACGGGCACGAGAAUAGCGAAAAGAUGCAAGAAAAACACACGGAUCAUUUUAUCAAUCAAUCGAACAUUAUUUCAAUGUCACAAUCUAAUGAGAACUUGACCGGUAAUUUUUUAUCGCAUAGCCACCACCCUCGGGUAGAUAAUUUGCCCGAUGGUGGUGGCUUAUGGGAAUGGACGGAAGGAAAACAUAAUCACGAUAAUAACGAUACAAACAAAGACAGUAAUUCUGUAUUACCGUCAGAAAAUGGAAUGACAGCCCUCGAAAACUUCAUGAAGCUUGCUACGGAAAAUAAGAAUGAUAUCAUUGAUGGAUCGCGCGACAAAGACAAAGAUCAACAAUCUUGGGAGGCACAGAGAAAAGACAUCGAAGAUCGAGACAUAGAUGAUAAAUCUUUUCAACAAAGUCUAUGCAUGAAUCAAAUCGAGGACACGUCUUUCGAGGAGUCACAGAAGACAUCUGAUAGUGACGAAAUAAAAAGUGAUAGCCUGGAUUUCCUAAAGACGGCAAACAUUACCAUUCGCACGUCUUCCCUAGAUAUCGACAAACACGAUUCCGAUCAUGCGAUUAAGCAGGAGAAGAACAUUGGGGAUUAUAACUGUAAUGGCGAUAUGUCCAACGUCGCCGAGAAUGAAGAGAGCGGAAAGAUUGUUCCAGAUUAUAAAUUCCGCGGUGAUGGUGGCCCUGCAAAAGUAUCGCCGGAAACCGGUUCAUGGUGCUGUCGAAGAGGUGGGACCAAACAACCGACUCCGGAACACUUGAAGGAUGGCUGUUGCCAGGGUCUUCAAACCAAGGACGAAAUGCUGGCCGAUUCUCCGCAAGCAACCGAAUUAAAAAACGAAGGACCGCAUAGUCCGCGUACUUCUGCAUCUGCGACGACCACGACGACAAAGUUGCAAGACCACUUGGACAAACUGAAGAAUAAUGUCAGGACCGAAGUACCGGACUGCAACUGCUUCCCCGCCGACAAAUGUCCGCCAGAGCCCGGUUCAUACUACACUCAUCUCGGGGCGGCUGCAAGCCUACCUGAUCUUCGGAACGAUCUUGAACGAAGAACCGGCCUUAAGGGCGACGCGAUAAGAUUCGAAAAGGUCAUCUAUACAGGCAAGGAGGGUAAAACCACACAAGGGUGUCCAAUGGCCAAAUGGAUUAUCCGACGAUCCGGCAUCGACGAAAAGAUCUUAACCAUCGUCAAACAUCGUCAAGGUCACAAGUGUCCAACUGCAUGGAUCGUUGUAGCUAUGGUUGCUUGGGAGGGAGUGCCGACUCACGAAGCGGAUCGGAUUUACUCUCUCUUAAGUCACAAACUCAAUCGAUUCGGUCUUCCAACAACCAGACGAUGUGGCACUAAUGAACCACGGACUUGCGCGUGUCAAGGACUCGAUCCUGACAAUUGCGGUGCCAGCUUUUCCUUUGGCUGCUCCUGGUCGAUGUAUUACAAUGGCUGCAAGUAUGCUAGGAGCAAAACCGUCCGAAAGUUUCGACUGUCUGUACGAUCAGAGGAACAAGAAGUCGAGGAGAGAAUGCACGUCUUGGCGACACUUUUGUCGCCUUUAUAUCUUAGCCUUGCGCCGGAAGCUUUCAAUAAUCAAACUCAAUUCGAACGAGAGGCGAGCGAAUGUCGUUUGGGAUUUAAGCCAGGUCGACCCUUUUCCGGUGUUACAGCUUGCAUUGAUUUCUGCGCGCACUCUCAUCGGGAUCUACACAACAUGAAUAACGGAUGUACCGUGGUAGUUAGUCUGACAAAACAUCGAACACUAUCAAAACCCGAAGACGAACAGUUGCAUGUAUUACCUCUUUAUAUAAUGGACGACACAGACGAAUUCGGUUCAAAGGAAGGACAAGAAAAGAAGGUUCGUUCCGGUGCUCUUGAAAUUUUAUCCAAAUAUCCAUGCGAAGUUCGAGUUAGAUCGGUUCCGCUCCAACCCUGCAGACGUCAUGGUAAAAAAAGAAAAGAAGACGAAUCUGAUAUUUCGAACGGUAAAAAGGAUACAGUCAAGACUUUCUCAGAGAAAAUAGUAGAUGCUGGACGUUCGGCGGGGCACGCGGACUCUUCUAAACCACAACUAAGAGAGUCGCAAUUAUCGCUAGAGAUGACGCCAAUGUUUGAAGGAAUUGACGCGCAAUUGCAAAGUUCUCAGGUAUCAUCCACGGUCUUAGAUAGUCCAGUAUCCAUGUACCAAGGUUGGGGAUCGUAUCAGAGUGAGCAACAAGGAUGGAAUCGAAAUGGCUGGCUUGACCAGCGAAAAAGCAACUGGUUGAAUCCAUGGGGGGAGUAUCCCUCAUUUGGCGGUCUAGAAAGGGACAUCAAAGUAGACCCAGAUAGUACUAGUUUGGAUCCAGAUAUCAGACCUAGAAGUAAUGUUUCACAAGAAGAGCAUAGACCGAGCUCAAGGAAUUUAGCUAACUCUACAGUGGAUUCAGCCAGAGGAUGUUAUGGAAAUUCAACUAGACCUCAUCCCAUAUCGCCUCGUUCUCAUGCGAGUGUAUCCGGAGAAACGUCUUAUGGCGUGUCACCGAGAGGCUAUGCCUCGAUGCUUCACGAUCCGAAGAUGAUUUCGUCGAAAGGACUGGAACAUUCAAACGUGGAAAAUAGUUAUAAUCAUCAUAUGGUACCUGGAAAUUAUCCCACUUCUGACAAUAGACAAAAUGACUGUUCUUCAAGAAUCGGUUCUCUCAAUUCACCGUUUGAUAUGGAAGUCACACGAAACACUCCAUCCAAGAUGAAUCCGUCGCCAACUAUUCAUCACGUUCGCAACACGGGACAGGAUUACAUCGCCAAUCAGUUAAGAUUAUCAUCUCCUAGAUACCCGGGAGAUUCUAGUCAGCAGAAAUAUUCAAACACCAUGACGCAAAAUUAUCUAGACGCUGAAAAUACCACGAAAUUGCUGAGGCCACAGACUGAACAAACGUUCGCAAGUAGAAUGCAACAUCCUUAUCCACCGCAACAGAUACAAUCAUCCAUAAAUUCCGGCUAUUCAAAUCAAUAUGGUGACGGUAAUACGGCAAAUUUAUUCUCUUGUAUAGACAAUAAUAAUCAUAAGAUGAUGGAAACUCCAAAUACAGACAUUGUGAUGCACAGUUCAUUGCAUUUGCCAGCAUUUGAACAGCGAAAUGAUGCGCAAUACUCAUUGAUGCCCAAUGAUCAACGAAAACCCAUUUAUCAUGCGCAAAGACAAUCGGAAUUAAAGCCCUUCGUGGUCAAUCAUCCUGUAUCCCCGUCUUCCGAUCAAGUUGCUUGUCCGCGUAACUGGAAUACGACAAACUCAUGGAGUCCUAAUCAAGUUAAAAAUUCACAGCAAUCUAAUGAUCAGCAGAUAAGUGAUAGAAAAAUUUGGGCCAAUAAAUUAACAAGGCCGGAUCAAACCAAGACGACUUCCUGGGAAACGCCAUCUGAACCGUCGCCAUUCCGAGUGCCAAGAGGAAGACCGCCCUCGCGAACGAUAUCCAAUCAAAAUCCAUCUACGGAACCCAAUACGUAUCCAAAUUCUUUACCCAGAACAUUUUUAAAACCGUCAGAAUCGACAAAACCAAUCUUUGCAAAUGUUCUAAAUAACAACUCGGUCCAAAAUGGAUGCAUAUCCAAUCAAGUAAAGAAUAAUUACUCAGAGGAUAAAAUGCGAGAAGGAUUCUAUGACGGUAGGCAGGAAAUGUCCAAUUCCAACUCAAAUUCUCUGGCUUGGGCUGAAGAAAUGAAACAAGUACAAGAUUUUCAUGCCAUGUCCGGUUUAACUCAUCAUGCGUUUCCUCAAUAUGGAUAUCCGAGCUAUCCGGUAUUCGAGAAACCUUAUGCAAACUCGUGGGAAGGUUACAAUUAUAAUCAUCAUCAGUCGUAUCAAACUCCAGAAUAUUCUCAGCAAUUUUAUCAGCAACCAAAGCGCGAAGGCUGCUUUCACUCGUCUCAAUAUCCGUACCAGGGCCUGAAUCCUACAUACCAAGGUUUGAAUUCCGGUUGGACGAGGUGGGACGCACCGCGGUGGGAUAUCUACGGGCCACCACCCUACUUCCCGGUAUUACCGGAGCCUCCGCCAAAAGCGGAGCCACUUGGCGAAGUAGCGGACUAUUCUGAAAACGAAGAAUGCUUCAAAGAUCCGCAAAUGGGUGGUGUCGCGAUUGCUUUAGGCCACGGCAGCGUGCUCUUUGAAUGCGCAAAGCAUGAGAUGCACGCCACCACCGCCUUAAAAAAGCCCAAUCGCCUCAAUCCAACCAGAAUUAGCUUGGUAUUUUAUCAGCAUCGCAAUCUAAACAGACCCAGGCACGGUUGGGACGAGUGGGAGGAGAAGAUGCGAUUGCGAAAAUUAGGCGUUACAUCGACCAUUGGUAUGUCCUCGUCGACGUCCAAUUCAUCGACUUCAACUACUGUGACGAGUCCCGGCGGUUCGAUAAAUGAAAAAACGACGCCACUUCCAUCGUUGUCGCACAUUCCAAAUGUUCCCAGCUCACAGUUCAUGAUGAGAUCACCCACAUAUACUACGAUGACUUGGACGACGCUCUUUCCAAUGCAUCCGUGCAUGAUAACUGGCCCAUACCAGGAAGGCGGUGCGAUUGGAUGAGUCGAGGUCGGACGAUACAACUUCGAUCGUUGAUGACCGAAGCUUGUAUCGACAGAUGCCAGAAAUUGAAUCUAACAAAAGGAUCUAAGAUACAAGAUCUUAACGACGAAAAUCGCGACGUCUCCAAUCGAGGAUGAGCGACGAGGCGGCGACUUUACCACGAGAGGCUUUAUAUUGUUAUUAUCGUUAUAGUUAGUUAUUCCGAAAAAAAAAACGAGAAACACAAUUUGCACUGCCAUUUUUCUAUUUCGAGUUUUACGCAGGAUUUAAACAUAGCGACAAAAACGUGCUCGAAUAAAGCCUCGCCGGGUGUGAUAUCACUCUUUAUCGGGGCUCGCAUUUUAUAUUGACUUUUUACUGAGCUGAACUCGACAAAGGCUCCCGCAAUUGAGCCGGAGGCUGCAAAAUUGAGAUGACAAUGAUAAUGACCGAGGCUAUUGACGUAUCAGAAAAGCUCCGAUGAAAGGCUACGCCUUGCGAAGACUUUGAUACGAUAGAUUUUCGUAUUCUGAUCCUGUACACUUUAAGUAAUAUUGCUUACAUAUAACGAUUUCGUGUUGGUAGAAUUGUAAUCUUAUUAGCUAGUCGAAGUCUAGAUGAUGAAUCACGCGAUAUCACACAUAUACACAGAGCACACAUUAAGCGUACUGCACACUCCAAACACUCAAAAAAAAACUUGCACGAUAUGAUCUCAGAAUUAUCGCACUUUCGAGAAACUUAAUAGAAGACAAAAGAGAAAUUGAAAAUAGCAUCAUAUAAGAAAUAUCAAUUAUUUAAAUUAAAUAUACAAUAGAAAGCGUUGGGUACGAUAUCUUAAGGCAAAUAUUAUAACAUAAUGAUAUAUUUCUUUUUUAUAAUAUCUCUUAUUAUAUAAUAUCAUUUAUAAAUAAUAUAUAUUGUGAAAUGCUUUCAAAUUUUAAUAUCCGAUGAUUUUUUAAAUUUCUUUUCAGAGUCUGUCGAAGUGAAAAAGGGAGAGCGAUAAUUCCGGGAACACCUCUUUUUAUUCGUUAGUUGAACGAUUCUUUGCGAAAGUCCAAGCACAAUCCUAAAUAUCCAAACGAGGACACGACGACAAUGAUCUCAAGUCUUUAAAUUAAUUAAAUGAUAUGUAAUGUAUAUCUGAUUUCUAGCCUUUGUACAUUUCGCUUCUUAUUCUCGUAUUUAUUUACGUGUUUGUACUCGUAGCUAAGUACUAAGUACGAUUAAUUCAAGUGGCAAACGAUAUAAUACUAACCAUGCGCCCUUCGGGUCGGCUGAGUACAAAGCAUUUAUCUAACAAUCACGUGACGCGUAGAGUAGAGAUGGUGUAUCUACUGGUCUGCGAUAUACGUUGGACACGCCAAGUGUUCUCCAUCAUCGAUUUGACGUUCUUCCCUUACGUGUGUUUGUUUCACUUCAUUUAACCCUUUUUACUCGAACCAAAAAAAAUAUUCGACAUAAUUUAUUAAAAAUUCGACACAUAUAUCAAAAUAAUUGUGUACGAGCCAGUUAUAGGAUAGAGUUUAAAGGGUUAAUUAUUUUCCAAUAUGAGCGAUUUGCAUUUGACAUCUUGUCGAAAUAAAAGGAAUAGAUAAGAAUGGUCGAAAACUAAUUGGUGCAACAAAAGGAAUUUGAUCAAUUCUCUCUGAGAUUCGACGCGUGGGUGUAUUAUUGAAUUAGAUAUAGAAACAUUCGAUCUGUGACUUUAUCAUUAUCUUCUUAUUAUACUCGAUUUUAUUUGUAUAUAUUAAUCGUCUUUUAGUCUGCGCCUGUUGCACGAGGCCAGGCAACAAAAUUCUGCUGAUGACCUUUGAUAUCGAGGACCAACCUCUGGCGGUGUAUCGAUUGGCUUUCUGAUGGAUUAGAUGCCUACUAUCAUCGUGGAAAGCUUAAAGGAUUUCAAUGCGGUAGAUCAAUGUUUCUUGACACAAUGGCAGCGGAUCGAAACCAACUUUUUUGUGCGUAUUGGAUUUUCUGUCGUGUAGAGAAGUAUUAGAUCUUAAAACAACGGAUCUGUUGAUGAGAAAUAUAACGUUAGCGUAACUUUUGAUACGUCUAGGCUGUCACUUGUGACACGACUUUCCAAAUCUUCAAAAUCGGGGUCGAAAGCCAAAAGUGUUGUGUUCUCCUUCAUCCUCUUACACUCCUGUCAAAUUAUCGAACACAUUCCAUAUUUCUGUUAAGAAAUCCCAAUAAUAUCUUGACGGUGGUUCGCUUCCAUGUUUUUGACUUACGCUUUCCAUAUGCUCACGCUGUUUUUUGAAGUUUACGCUAUUUCGAAAAGAGUGACGGAUAGGAGGAUUCACUAUGUUCUCCAAAAAAAAAAAUAUCGCGGCCUUUCUCUCCUCGGUCUUUCUUAGAUUGAGGAGCGCAGAGGAAAUGUCAUUUUAUCGAAAGCAUGAAAUAUCGCAUGGAAUUUAAAAAGUGCUCUCUUCGACUAGAUGGCAAGAAUGCAAAUAGAGUUGAUUCUGGAAUGCCAAGAAUCAAAAAGGAAAACUAAAGCUUCUCGCGAAGAGAUCGCGUUAUGAUAAUAUCUAGAGUUCAGCAGAAUGGUAAAUACAUAUAUAAAUAUCGCGGAAGACUGACCAGAGGAAGGUAUCCAAGACGUGGAAAAAAAUGCAGAAUCGGUAAUCGAAAAGCUUCACUUAUUUAUUUAUUUUCGCUACGAUAUUAUAUUUCAACGACUACCUUCGACUUUUUCAAAAUAAGUGUAGCACUUUGCAGCGCAAAAAAUUUGUAUUUUAGCUGAUAAUGUGGAAUGAAUUUUGACGGGUAUUUGAUUUUGGCUCGCGUACCAGUCGAGUCCUAUCUUUCCUUUUUGCAUUUGUGUCCGCAAAUCGGUGGAAUGAAAAAAAGAAAGAAGCGAGACGCGACCAACCCUCGCCUACUGGAGUAUUAUAGGAAUCAUUAAUAUAUUAUCAUUCAUUAGUUAUCGCAUGUAAUAGUAAUAGUAAUAGUAAUAAUAAUAAUAUCGGCAACACAGUAAUAACUAGUAAUAUAAUCUAAUUUAAUGUAUUAUUUAUUAAUUAAGUUUGAUAACGUGGUGUUGUACCGUUAUUCUAUUUUUUCAACAAGCGGCUCGAGUUUCGAUUGAGAUUAUCUGAUUUUUCCCGUGCGCACCGGUCGAUCGUUAUUUUCUAAAUGCGAAAAUAUUUCAAUCCUACAUAUUUCAGUUCUACAUCGACUUUUUGCUCGUAUUACUCCUAAAUGAACAGUCUCAGACACACAUAUACAAAUUUCAAUCAAAAGAAAAAUAUUAAUCGAGCAUUUUUUCCCCUAUUUAAUAUAUUUAUCGUUUUUAUCAUCGCCUUAUCUCUUGAAUAUUCUAAGCAGAAUUCGUGGUAAAAUCUAUUCAAGCUUUCUAAAAAAAAAAUUAGAAGAAUUUUGGGAUGUGUAUGCUGAGUAUGCUUUUAUAUUUAAAAUAUUUAUUAUAAAAAAAAAUCGGUCCCGGAAAAUGCGCAUGGAAACGUCGCGAUACAUUUCGUAUCGAAACUUCACACACACAUAUAUACUAAUCCUCCAAUUCUAUUCCAAAAAAAAGUCUCUGUUCUAUAAAUUAUAAGUUCGCUACUAUUUCUUCACGUGAUAGAAAAAAUGCGUACAAAUACGGCAAAUGGGACUAUUUCAAACGCAACACUCGUUUCUUUCGCUUCACACGCAUACACGCGUACAUCCGGUACGCAUGCGAGAUCACUGAUACAUUUUCUAGAUAAGGCAGCUUUUUCGGAUGGCAAUGAGAGUACAAUGUAGAAUAUCAUCGGGGCCCGAGAUGGCUUUUUUAACAUAUACAAGAUUAUCCUCCUCUUCGUAUCGUUCCGAAAAAAAUGACAAUACAAAUGACAAACGCGAUAUCUUUAUAUCGAGUUUUGAUUAAGUCUUGAAGCGCGCGUUUUUUCCAUAAUUUUCGGAUCUAAUGGGUGUCACAAAGUCUCGUUUACUGUAAUAAUUUUUUAUGUUAUAUUGAUUAUAACUUAGAAAUAUUUUUUAAUCUCCCCUUCUUUCUCUCAAAACGAAGAAUGAAUUAUGAUUGAAUUUGAUUUUGUAAUGUAAUUCAUAAAUUAGUUAACAUUUUGAAAGUAUGACGAAGAAGAAGCAUGAGCUUUUGUGACACCUGUUAUAUUCCACAUGCGAAGGAAAUCAAAAUUCCAUAUCAUCUUCCGGAAUAAUCUUUAGCCUUAUAACUCACCUGAAAUGCCAUUAUAUAACUACUACUUCCAACUCUGUCUAUAAAUAUAUUGAAGAUCGUUGUUCUUGCUAAAAAGUUUUUUAUAAAAGGGAAAACUCGAAAUACACGAUGCCAAAAUAGUAUUAAAUAAUGAGGAAGAGCGUUUGUAAAAUAACACAAUAAUUGAUAUACGAGAAUAAAAAUAACAAACCAUCGCGUGUGUCCGAAAUAUAGAUUGAUAUGCAACGAUAGUUCAUCCCACUACUUCAUUUCUUUAUUACAGGCACAAAUUUAUCAAAUUAAGCAAUUGCGCAAUUUGUGUGUGAAUAUCUCUUAGAUAAAAUUUUUAUAAAAAUUAUAUUUAAUGAAUUGACAAAGACGAUUGCGCGAUUUUUCGGGCGGACAAAUCGUUGCAUAGAUCCCUGUAUAAGGAGGAAAAAAUCUGAAAUCUGAUUAACAGAGAUUAUAAUUAAUUAGCGAAAAAGGGGGGGGUUACGAUUGAAGAUAGAACGACGGUGAAUUAAGAAAGAAAUAAACGUUGAAGAGUGUAUUUUUUCUUCCAAUGCCAAAAAGAUGCCAUUUUGUUUUAUACAAAAAACUUUAUGAGAAAACCCAGAAAAAAAAAGAAAUAAACGGGCGAGUGAAAAAGAACGGACGAAAGAGAGAAAGAGAGAGCGAGAGAGAGAGAAAGAGAAGUGCGAAAACAAAUUUUUUAAAUAGUUUGUAGUAAGCGUAUGGAUGUGUAACAAUAAAGAAACAACAAACAAAAAAAGCAAAACGAAACAAGUCGAUGUAUAUGUUCCGCGAAAUCGAUUUUACACGCCUUACUAUCGUAAAUGAUUAAUAGAUCGAAACACUGUAUCGCCAUAAUUUAAAUUUAAUUUACGCGAUAUCUUAAUUGCAAGCAGCAAAAUGGACAAAACGCAAAACUUUUGUUUAAACGCCUUUCGUCAAAUAUUACAAGGAUCUAAAGACCGCUUACAUCAACCAUCGGUUAACGUUAAAUCCUAAUCGACCAUAUAGUUUGGUCGAUAUAAACCUUUAUUUUACUCUUUUUGUACAAGUAUUAUUGUAUCGUUUAGAGAAAGAAAUAGCGAGCCACACAAAUACACAUACAUACCAGUUAACUUUGUUAAGCCGAUUUGUGAUGUAACUCAGCUCGAAUCCACGGAUGUAUGUUGUAAGGAUACAGCGUUACAUAUACACCGACUACAUAUGUGUAUAUAUAUUUUUGGACAAAGCCAUGAAAAAAUUUUAAAUCGAAAUUCGGGCGAGGACGCGCGAGAACGUGAUCAUCUCUCGGCGAAUUCGUAAUUUUACGCGAGAUUGGCGAGAUAUGUUCUUCCUGAGAGCGAAAUAGGGCGAAAGAGAGAAAGAGAGAGAGAGAGAGAGAGAGAGAAAGGAAGAGAGAAUGAGAGAAUGAAAGAGAGCAAAAAAAAAAAAAGAUCGAGAGAACUUUCACGCACGUCGCUCCCCAAUGUAUUUAUGAAUAUUUAUUUACGCGAAGAGUGGAAAAAAAUUAAUAUAUUGACGAUUAAAGAAAUGAUUGUAAGUUAUAAGCGUAAGUUUUCUAAGAGCCAUAACUCUUGUAAAGCAUUUUUGUGUGCGGUAAUCGCGACACGAAUCGAAGCAAAAUGAGAAAGAAAGACAGCGAAAGCAAUGGAAUAAAAGACUCACUUUGGGCGAAAAAUAAAUGAGGACGUUUCAGAUUAAUAAUAAAUUUUGUUCAGGAUGCACAGAGCGUCCACUUAAGAUUGAAAUAAUGCUUAAAAUAUGAUAGUGAGUAUAUGAUACGUAUAAGUAAUAAAAUAAAUGAUUUUAGCUAUCGAUAACUAUUAUCAACAUAAGAGUAUAUUUAGACAAAGAUAAGUGGUAAGACAGAUGUAAUUGUCCUUUGUGAAUAUACAUAAGAGAGAAAUGAAAAAUACAAAAAACUUUUAUGAGUACAA